AUGCAUGCUAGGCCCCUGUCUAUUCUGACAAAGCUCGCGCGGGGCCCCGGGCUACCGAGCACACAGGACUCUUCUUUUGUCCCUCGAAGAGAGUUCCCUUAUCCCUCAAACCUCAUCACGUCAUAUUUUCUUGGUCAUCACCGUGCAGGGCUGGAUAGAAUGAAGCAGCUUGUAUCUUCAGUGGAUUUGAUCAUUGAGUGUCGGGAUUACCGGGUUCCGCUAUCAUCCCGCAAUCCAAUGUUCGAAGAAGCCUUGCAGGAGAAGGAAAGGUUGAUAGUCUAUACCAAAAGAGACUUGGCGGCUGAGGAGUUGGACCUGAAGGUUUGCAAAAAGUUUCCCCUCACCGCUACCCCCAACCGUGGCCCUAUUCCCUGCCAACAUAUGCAUGUCUUGGUUCUCAAUGCCCCAUCCUCCCAAAAAUUGGUAGGUACAGCAACAGCAGCUGACAACACGAUUGGUUCAAGAAUGCUCGUAGUCGGAAUGCCAAAUGUGGGCAAAUCCACUCUGAUAAAUGCCAUGCGCCGAGUGGGCACAGGGAACUCAAAGAAAGCCGCCAUAACAGGUGGUCAGCCUGGAGUAACCAGGAAGAUCUCGAUGACAAUAAAGAUAUCGGAUGAUCCAUUGAUCUAUCUAAUAGACUCACCUGGUGUUUUUGUGCCAUACAUGCCGAAUCCACAAACGAUGUUAUCUCUAGCACUGGUAGGCUGUGUCAAAGACUCCCUCCUGAAUCCUACAGCCUUGGCCGAUUACCUCCUAUUCCAUCUCAACCUCCGAGACCCCUCGUUGUAUUCCGGAUACUGUCCUCCCACAAACGACAUAGUGGAGCUUCUGACCGCAACAGCCAAGGCAACGGGAAGACUUUUGAAGGGGGGAACCCCCGACUUUGACGCUACAGCAUACUGGCUAGUGCAACGGUACAGAGCCAGUGCCUUGGGCAAAUUUAUCCUCGAUGACGUUAGUGAGACGGCGUACCAGGCAUGGCUAGAUGCUGAGGAAAAACAAGGAGAGAGCAAGAAUGCCGCCCGAAAGAGGAUGAAGGAGGAGAGGAAACUUGCAAAGAUAAAAAAGCGGAGAGAUGCUGAAAUAUAG